UAUGCAACUAAAGAAGAAGCAAAAGUGGCAAUUGAGAAGCUGAGCGACCACCAGUUUGAGAACUAUUCCUUCAAGAUUUCCUACAUCCCGGAUGAAGAGGGCCUUUGCCAGGUACGGUUGAGCGGUGAGGAGCGAGCUGGAGGCAUGUGCCUCCUCCCCGCCAUGAGCUGAGGGGAGGACCAGAGGAGCUAGAGCACAGUCCCUGCCGGUGCGCAAGGGAGAGCUUUCUGGUCUCCCGUGGAAGGGCGUGAGUACAAGCGUUGUUGUUGACGUGUGCCUCCAUGUCGUGACAAACGCUGCCUAAGGGUAAGUUGUCUUUCUGUCCCGAACGACACACAAGGGUUGUGGCAGCUGCUGAUUGCUGGACAGCCUCGGGUGUUGUGCGGAGAGAGGCUGAGGUUGGAAGGGACCUCUGGAGACCUCUCAUCGGGUCUCCUGCUCCAAGAAGGACUGGUGUCAGAGGUGAUAGACCAGGUUGCUCAGGGCUUUGUCCAGUUGAGAAUUUGUUCUGCCCCCUCUUGAUGCAUUGUUUCACAUUGAUUGACAUCCCUCAGCUCCCUCAAAGACCUCAGGUCAUAAAGGUGAACGUAGCUCAAAUCUGAUCUAAGCCAACAGAAUCGAAACACUACCUGGGCUUGAAUGAGAUCAGGUGGCUGUAGAUGUACAUCAGCGAGACCCAGGUUCACCCCAAAGCUUGAGCAGGUGUUGAAAUGAGCUUUUCUGUGAAUAGCAGGCUCAGCUACUGAGCUUUUGAAAGCCUUUGUAUGACACCAGCCGCAUCUCAGGGUGCUCCUCUCUGCUGGUUGUUUUGCUGUAGGGUUGACAUCCAUCGGAAGGAGAAUGCCGGCGCCGCCGAAAAGCCCAUCACCAUCCAUGCCACGCCAGAGGGGUGCUCUGAAGCAUGUCGCAUGAUCCUUGAUAUCAUGCAAAAGGAGGCUGAUGAAACUAAAUUAGCAGAAGAGAUUCCUUUGAAAAUCCUAGCACACAACAGUCUGGUGGGGAGGUUGAUUGGCAAGGAGGGCCGCAACCUCAAGAAGAUUGAGCAGGACACGGGCACGAAGAUCACCAUCUCCCCUUUGCAGGAUUUAACCAUUUAUAACCCUGAGCGGACCAUCACGGUGAAGGGCAGCACAGAGGCGUGCUCCAAUGCCGAAGUGGAGAUCAUGAAGAAGUUGCGAGAGGCCUAUGAGAACGACGUGGUGGCCAUCAAUCAACAAGCCAACCUGAUCCCAGGACUGAACCUCAGUGCUUUGGGCAUCUUCUCAACAGGGCUCUCCAUGCUCCCAUCCACCCGAGGGGCUGCAGCGGCUGCCCCGUACCACCCAUUUGCACAGCAGAGCGGUCGGAGGAGAACGAGCUCCUCAGCAUACCUCUCUGGUCUGUACGGAGCCCCCCCAGCCGGUGCCUUCCCCCAUCAGCACCCCCUGCCAGAGCAGGAGAUUGUGAACUUGUUCAUCCCGACGCAGGCGGUGGGGGCCAUCAUUGGGAAGAAGGGGCAGCACAUCAAGCAGCUGGCGCGGUUUGCCGGUGCCUCCAUCAAGAUAGCCCCAGCAGAAGGUCCUGACGCCAGCGAGCGGAUGGUCAUCAUCACAGGGCCGCCCGAGGCUCAGUUCAAGGCCCAGGGGCGAAUAUUUGGGAAGCUGAAAGAGGAAAACUUCUUUAACCCAAAAGAAGAAGUGAAGCUUGAAGCCCACAUCAAGGUGCCUUCCUUCGCCGCUGGCCGUGUGAUAGGCAAAGGUGGCAAGACGGUGAACGAACUGCAGAAUUUAACUAGUGCAGAAGUCAUUGUGCCGCGAGACCAAACCCCAGACGAGAACGAGGAGGUCAUUGUUAAAAUCAUUGGGCAUUUCUUUGCCAGUCAGACUGCACAGCGCAAGAUCAGGGAAAUCGUACAGCAGGUGAAGCAACAGGAGCAGAAACACGCUCAGGGAGCCCCGGCCUCGCAGCACAGCAAGUGAGGCUCCCGCCGUGCCGGCCAGCACCGCCCGAUGAAUGUAACCCCAACUGCCGCCGCCAGACCCCCCAGCAGGUCAGGGGAGCAAACCAAAGACCCCCGAGCCCUGCUCCCGCGGCCAGGGCACUGCGGGGAUGCACAGCGGGGGGGUACGGGGAGGGCUCUCCCUCCCACAGCCUCCCCCUUACUCCAUCGCCUCCCGACGCUAUCCCUUUAGUUGGACUAACAUAGGCAGAGAGAGGUAUUUUUAUUUUUAAUUUCCUAAAAGCCACCCGUUUCAUCCAGGCACGGCCGGAGGAGCUUGCCCAGUGUGGGGGGCUGCGGCGCACAGUGUGGCACUCAUCAGCUUUAGAAUUAAUAUAUCGAUAAUGAAACUAACGCAGAUUUUUAAAUUUUUUAAGAAUUUUUUUCUUUUUUUUUAAUUUCAAAGGGGUCAGGGGGAGGCGGGUGUUUGUUUUUAGCAAAAACAGGCUUUUCUAGAUUUUAAGGAAAUGAGCUAGUCCAUUGGUUCUUUAAUGCACAGUAGAGAUGUAGGAUUGCCAGCAGGGGAAAAAAAAAAUACUGUUAAAAAGCAGUUUCUUAAGGGCUUUGAGAAGAGCAGUGCCUGUAUGAGCCAACAGAAGGGAUACCGUCUCCUAAAAGAAGAAUCUCUUUCACGCACCCUUUCCUCUUUGCUUCACAGAGUCCAAAACUGGGGUUUGCAUCCGUUCUGUCCCCCCUUUCCAGCUGUCUGUCCCCUCUCUCUAUCACUGCCCAACCCAGCCAUGCUCAAGGGUAAUAUCCCUAGAAAACAAGGGGCAGCACCAGCCCUGCCUGCUUUGGGCAGGGAUCUUUGGGGAAAGAUCCCUAUUGCAGGGAGAGGAGGGGGUAAUUGGGGGGGAGGAGGGGGGCAGGGAAACAUUUACAAGAGGUUGGAAGAACAGCCAGUAACAUUUUUUUAAAAUUAAAAAAACCCUAAACUCAACGCAACAGCCCCCAUGACACUUGCAUACAUACACACACAAAAACUACCUCAGGUUUUCGUACCUCAGCACCUUGCGCUUGUGUUUCCCUUUUAGAGAUUUUGUAUGCCUUGUAAAACUGAUAGUUGGAGCAUUUUUUUAUUUUUUUAAUAAAAAACGAGUUGGAAAAUGAUCUCGACCAAGUCAGCUGCGAGGCAGGAGAAGGAAACCAUCCCACAUGUCCCAGAGCUCUUCCGUAGUCUCCUUCUGCUAGCUGAGAGCCAGUGGCCAUUCCUUCAGAGAAAGCUUGAGAAAUGUUUAAAAAGAAAAAAAAAUGGAAAAAAAAAAAAAAAGGUAGAAAAAACCCCACCCAAUGAAUGAAAGCGGUGAAACCCGACGGGCAAGAGGAGGGAUGGGAGCAGCGUGUUGCCGGCGGGUCCCGUGCCGAGGUGAGGUGCCAGCGCCGGACCCAUGGGCUGUGAUGCCACGUUUUCCUCCACUGCGAAGUGUUCUGUGAAAAACCAACCCACUGACAACA